AUGUCUCUCGAUAUGGAUUGGUCCCCAGACUACUGCCUUGCUUGUGACAAGCAAACCGAUGGAGCAGUCUACUGCUCAGAAGCUUGCCGUCUGGCCGAGUACGAGACGGCUUCCUCGAACGCCGGCUCUGCUGCAUCCUCACCAACCUCUGCUCGUGGGCCGCUUUCAUGGCCAGGUCCAAGAACAUCGGCCCAGGGCUUCCACCUGGAGCCUGCCUACAACUUCCACAACGCACAACCUUACGGCACCACUCCCGCUUCACGAACCUCCAACUUCUACCAAUCAUCGAGACCACAAUCAUCACCAAUGCCACUGAGCUCAAAGCCAGUCCUCACGCCAUCGAGCUCCCAAUCAAGCCUCUUCUCCAUGCGGAGCUCGAGCUCGACCACGACCACAGCUUCAGACCCAGCUCAGCUCUCCGAUGAAUCAAGGAAGGCUCUAAGGGCCUACGCCAGCUCCUUCGACCAAUCUCGAUACUCGAGACGUCAAUCAACCCACUAG